CUCACCAGCAAGGAUGACUGGAGGAGUUCGGACUGCAUAGGUUUCAGUGCUGGGAGAGAGUGUGCAUUUGUGUGUGAGCGCAUGCGGGUGUGCAUGUGUCUGGGCGGACUCCCGCUGUAAUGGUGCCCCAUGUGUGACUGUGCUGACCACGACAGCCAUCCGGUCCACAGCGGAGACUUUCUCAGCAUGCAGAUGGUGUGAGCAGUCAGGGGAAAAGUUUUUAACAGCUUGUCUGAGCUUCAGUUAACUCAAUCCUCUCUGCACACACGGAGUCAGUCCAGGAGGGGAGCAGCAGCAACAGCAGCAGCAGCACCAGCAGGAAUAGAGCUGGAGCACAACUUCAGCUUGACUCAGCCCAGGAUUUCUGUUGAUGUUGAUUGAUUGCCUGUCACUGGAUUGGAUAUAAUAGCGGCGCAUCACCACACGUCACACCUGAGGGAUUAAACAAGACUGUUUAUUUGAAAGAUCCCAGUUGCUGUAAUGGACGACCAGUGUGUGUCCCACAGCAGUCCCCAGCGCAGUGGAGGUCAGGCCAGCACAGAAGUUCAGAGGCAAGGACGGCCAAAUGUCAUCAGGUGUGGGUGGCUCAGGAAGCAAGGAGGUUUUGUCAAGACUUGGCACAGUCGCUGGUUUGUACUGCGUGGGGACCAGCUCUUCUAUUACAAAGACGAGGAGGAGACCAAAGCCCUGGGAGCCAUUUUCUUACCUGGAAACAAAGUUACAGAGCAUCCAACCAGCGGCGAUGAAGGGGGAAAAUUUCUUUUUGAGGUCAUUCCAGGGGGAGACAGAGAGCGGAUGACAGCCAACCAUGAGACCUACCUUCUUAUGGCCAGCACCCAGAAUGACAUGGAGGAUUGGGUGAAGACAAUCCGCAGGGUCAUCUGGGCACCUUUCGGUGGAGGGAUCUUUGGUCAGAAGUUGGAGGAGACGGUGCGGUAUGAACGUCGAUUUGGGAACAAGCUCGCCCCUAUGCUGGUAGAGCAGUGUGUGGACUUCAUUCGGCAGCGAGGCCUUCGGGAGGAGGGCCUAUUCAGGCUGCCUGGACAGGCCAACCUGGUCAAAGAGCUGCAGGAUGCCUUCGACUGUGGAGAAAAACCCUCUUUUGAUUGUAACACAGAUGUGCACACAGUAGCUUCUCUACUGAAGCUGUAUCUCAGAGAGCUGCCGGAGCCUGUCAUCCCCUUCCACAAGUACGACGAGUUCCUGGCAUCCGCCAAACUCCUUGGCAAGGAUGAUGAAAUGGGUAUGAAGGAGUUGAGAAGGCUUGUGGAAAGUCUACCUCCGGUGAACUACAACCUUCUCAAGUACAUCUGCAGAUUUCUAGAUGAAGUCCAGUCGUAUUCGGGAGUGAAUAAAAUGAGCGUUCAGAACUUGGCCACAGUCUUUGGGCCAAAUAUCCUGAGGCCAAAGGUUGAGGAUCCAGUAGCUAUUAUGGAAGGUACUGUUCUGGUCCAGCAGCUCAUGGCCGUUUUGAUUGGCCGCCACGAUGUGCUAUUCCCCCACAACGAGGACAGCCCCACAGCCCUCGAGCUCGUCAACAACAACAACAUUGAACUACCGCGGCGACAAGCCACUACAACUACCUCCACCAUCACCACAGUGUCUCAGAACGCCGAGAACAACAACACACAAGUGGUCCGGCAGUGUGUUUGGGAAGCACCCGAGUCUCCUUCGCACCGCCAACUUGUAGACAACAGUAGCUCCCCGCGAUCAACAAGUCCACGCAAUGGUGUAGUAGGACGCUUUGACGUCACCCGCAGUCCACCGCUGACUGUUAAGAAGAACCCGGCGUUCAGUAAAGGCAGCGGGAUUGUUACAAAUGGCUCCUUCAGCUCCUCACCCUCCUCAGACCCCAGUCAAGAAAAGAGCCAGACUCUGAGUGGAGGUGGGAGCUCAUCAGUUCGGCGCAGUGGAACGCUCAAAGGCUCAGGCACAAAAAUGGGCACCAGUGGUGUAGCAAGUGGAAGCAGCAUGGGAGGGAAUGGAACUGGAGUUGUGCGCAUGGGCAUUUCAGGCACUGAUGUUGUCACGGGGAGUCUGAAUGGGCGCAACAGCCUUUGGGUGCCAAAUGGCUGCGUCACGUUACGGGUGAACAAUAAAACACGUGACUGCUCCAAUGGGGAACAAACAACCAAUCAGAAUCGUCUGUCCACAUAUGAUAAUGUCCAGUUAAACCACCAGAACCUGCAGCUGCAGAACCAGAUCACCAACACGUGUCUGAACAGCAGCUGUGAGGACAAACAGAGCGUGGACAGUGCCACCUGGUCCACCUCCUCCUGUGAAAUCUCUCUUCCUGACAACUCCACUUCCUGUCGUUCCUCCACCACUACCUGCCCUGAGCAGGACUUCUACGGAGGUCCCUAUGAAGACUUGGAUGGACCAACACAGGAUAAUGAACCUCACCAGUCCGGUGGUGGAGGAGAGGGGGAGGGCAGAAACGGCAACAGGGAAGGAGGUGGAGUUGGAACAGGGCGGAGCAGUCGAGGCACCAGCAGUAGUGAUAAUAGCGAUGGUUUCACUGUUGGUAAUGGACCCGGCAGCCACAGCGCUCUGCACAGCUUGGUGGCCAGUCUUAAACAGGAGAUGCACAAGCAGAAGAUGGAGUAUGAGGCCAGGAUAAAGAGUUUGGAGCAGCGCAACAUGGAGCUGGAAACAGAAAUGGUGAGCCUCCAUGAGGAGCUAGACCAGGAGAGGAAGAAGUACACCAUGGCAGAGAUCAAGCUGCGCAACGCCGAGCGUGCCAAGGACGACGCUGAGCGGCGAAAUCAGAUGCUGCAGAAAGAGAUGGAGCAGUUUUUCUCCACGUUUAGUGACCUCACCGCAACUGGCAAUGCCGCAGCCAACGACCCCCGCCGACCAGAUCGUAACAACGCCAUCCGGAUACAGUGAAGGAAACCGGAGGGGGAGAUGUGUGGUCUGGAGUGCAAGGAAAGACUGGAAAUUCUUAAUUAUAUGAUGCGAACAUUACACGGGCUCCAAACAGGAUUUGGCUGCUGGUUGUAGAAGGCAAGUUGGAAAGUUACUUUGCAAAGGUUAAUAGCAUGUUUUAAUUUAAGAAAUAGGUGGUGUACGGCUAAUGCAGGCCACCUGUAUAAAUGUAAACAUCACCUGGAGUGAUGCGAGAGUGACGUUAUCUGUAAAUACAGCAUUAUUUAAACAGUUUUCAGACACUCUCCAAACUUCUUAGAAAUUGUUGUGGUACUCACUCAUCUGACUUGGAAGUGGAGUAACGGGACAGUACACCAUAGUCCAUGAUGAUGAUGUACAGUACUGCUGUUAUUUUAUAUUAGCUCCUAGAGCCAGAUUGGAGGGAAGGCAAAACAGUUUAAAAGGUUGUGUCCAGCCAAAAAAAAGAAUACCAACCCUCGACCUCUAAACAGCUGAAGAACAUGCCGAACCUCCCCCCAUCUUAAUUCACUUUUAAAAUCUAACCAAAAAAAAAAAAAAAAAAAACACACACACAUCUUAUUGUUCCAUGUCAUUGUGUAUCUACUCAUGUACAUACAGGGAAACAAUGCAGAAAAUUA